AGUUGCGCCAAGUGCUGUGCGGUGUGUGUGUCGGAGUAUAUAGUUUUGUACAUAUUAUAUAUUAUUAUCUGUGGUUGUGUAUAUUUUUUCCUUUCAAUCGCUGAUUUUAGAAGUUUUUUGUGACAAGAUUAAAUCCUGUGAACUGUAAUUCAGUCAGUCAAAGGUUCAAAACAAACGUGUUUAUCAGGGGUAGGUGGGUGUAACUAGAACCAUGGAACUCCCAGCGGUACUGGUUCUAUGUGGGCUGGGUGUCGCUGGCAUUGCUGUGCUAUUGCUGAUGGGCUUGUUUUCCACCUCGGGAACAAGCUAUGAGGAAGCUAUAGCUCAACAACGGCGUGCCACCACUGAACUUCUUGCAUUAGCAGAAAACAAGAGUAAACCAAAAAAGAGUACGAAAAAAGCUAAUAAAAAAUUGGCCAAGAAAGAAAAGAACAAGGAGAAUGCUGUGAUUACAUCUGCUAGUGAGUUGGAGAGCGAGGCGCCUGCUGAGAGUGGUGUUGAUGAUGAUGUGGUGCCACCCAAACCUCAUGUAGAUUUCUCACCACCCAUUGUUGUUGAUGUGCCUAGAGAUUCACCACCAAAUAUAAAGAUUCGCAAACGCGGCAAGGAUCCUAAAGUAAAGCCGAUACUUGUAAACAAAGAGGAUCCGAGCUGUGUUAGCGAUCCAAAUACGCCCGUUCCGACCACGACCACCGUGUCCAAUCAUUUUGAAGAGUUGCAUCCCAAGGACGAGUUCGAGUUAUUGCAUUCGUCCCUUGGCGUGGAAAAAGCUUCUGAGAAGAAGGAAGAGGUUGUGGAGAAAAAGGAAGUGAAGCCAGUGAAAGCUGUGAAGGGAAGCAAGGUUGCACCGAAGGCAGCCCCUGCUGAAGUAAAGGAGGAUGUCUCUCGCGAGCGACACAACAGCGGGGAGGCACCGAAAGAACAACGAAAAGCUAAAAAAACAGAGAAGAAGAGUGAGGAAGUGAGCGAAGUCCGCGAGGAGGUGGUGCCUCCACUGAACGCGCCGCAGCCGAGCGAGCUGACUACGGACAAGCUCCUGAAGCAGGCACUCGUCCCCGCGCCCUCCCCGCCCGCCAAGAACAAGAAGAAGAAGCCAGAGCCCAACGUACUUGCGCUCAUGGCCGGCGACGGAGGCGGUGUGAACGUGAGCGAGCUGGUGCGGCUGGUGGUGGCGGCGCCGCUGUCCCGCACUGAGAUACAGAUCCUCACCGACGCGCUGCUCAACAAGCACCACGACCCACUCGUGCAGCAUUCCGAGUGGACAGAGGGGCCAAAUGACCCUAUGCAGAAAAUGAAAAAGCAAUUAGCCGACAAGGAGAAAGCUUUAGCAGAUGAAAUCGAAGCUUCACAAGCUCUACAUGCUAAACUAAAGGAAUUGAGGGGUCACCUGAACGCAGAGCGAGGUCGCCUAGCUGCCGCCACCCGCGCCGCCGAGCAGGCCGAUGCGGCUGCCCGCGCUGAAGUCCAUACAUUACAAGCGCGGUUACAGCGCGUACUGGACGAUAACCACGCGCUCGUGCAGGAGAAACUCAUGUUCCAAUCAAAGGAAGCCGAGUUUCAAGCUCAACGGGUACAGAUGGAAAUGCACAUCCAGAGAUUGACUGAGACGGAAGGGCAGCUUUUGUCGCAGCUGAACGCUCUGCAAGCGGAGCUGAGCGCGCUUCAAGCGGACCGCAACGCUCGCCUCAUGGAGCUCAGCGCCGCGCGGUGCGAGCUCAGCUCCGUGCGCGACUCGCUCAUCAUGGCGCAGCAGCACAACGCCGAGCUCAAGAAGCAGCUGCAGGAAGCAAAUCGCGUAUGCGCCGAAUACGCCGAGCAAAUCGAGCAACAAAAAUUAAAACAGGCCCAGGAAAGACAUAACGCGACAACUGAACUUCAAAACGAAGUCCAGCGGCUAACGGCCCGUGCGCAGUCUGCAGAAGGAAGCCUUGAGAAACUGAAAGAAGAAGCAGAGAAACAAAAGCAAAAGUUGUCUGCGGAGCUGGCGGCGCGGGACUCGGAGCUGGCGGAGCUCAAGCUCGUGAAGGCGGCGCCUGCGCACAACGGCCUGCCCGCCACGCACAACAACCAACAACAUAAGACUGCAGAGCUAGAAAAGGUGGAGAGCUUAGUGGAAUCACUACGCAACGAGCUGACGAGUGCACAAAGCAGUAACCGGGAACAAAAAGACCAGUUGACAAAGCUGCAGGAACAACUCAACACAUACCAACACAAGAAUAAUGAGUUGCGAACUAAAAACUGGAAAGUAAUGGAAGCAUUACAGUCCGCGGAAAAGGCCCUCCAGGCGAAACCGGCGGCACAAGACUCCCCACGUGAGGCGCUAGCUAAAGCUCAAGAGGCGCAUUACGAUGAAGUGGCGAGUGUACUGCGCACCGCGUGCCCCGCGCUGGCGCCUCCGGCCGCCGCGGACAAAGCCUGGCUGCGCGCGUUCGCCGACAAUCUCAGCAAACUGCUGGCCGCCAAGGAAGCGGAGAAAAGAGAAUUGGAGAAGAAGCUGUCCAGUUUGAAAUCGUCGCCGGCCGCCGACCCGCGCAUUGAGCAGCUGCAAGAGCAGAACGAACAUCUGCAGGCGCUCGUUGACAAGUACAAGCGGAUUAUCGAUGAUACGGAGGGCGUAUUAAGCAGACUGCAACAGAACGUGACCCAUGAAGAGCAGCGGUGGGCGGAACAGCUCGCCGACAAGCAGCGAGAGCUUGAAGAGUUGAGGCAGAGGACUGUCUUGCAGGAACCUCUGGCGUUCGCAUACUCCUGCAUAGAAAAGUCAUUGCCCAACAUCGUAGCAGAGAUGCAAAAGAAAAUAGAUUCUUUGCAGGCUGAGUUACAGCAGGCGCAAGCGGCCAACCGUAACCACAGCUUUGCCGACUCGGAGCGGCAAGCAGAGGAACGAUUAAUGGGCGGUCUAUCCUCAAAAUUAUCAACAAAUGUGCACAAUGGACCAUUGCAGGUCGGCUUAGAAGAAAAAUAACAUAAAAGUAAGACAAGUGCAUGCAAGAGAGUAUCGAGGUAUCAUUCAUAUGCAGCGAAAGUCCGCCUGCCCAGAUAACACACGGGUUGAACAUUCUUCUCAUCGAAUCCGUCAAACUUAGCAUACUUUAUUAUGUAAAUAAGAUAUCAUUGUUUAAUUGUUCCACAAAUUACUAUUAAAUUCAAAAUAUAUCAGUGUUGCUACACACAUUGUCAAAACGUACAGAAUUAUGCUCAACUUUGUAAUGAUUGUAGUUUAGGAUAGUUUGUGUUUUGUUUUUUAAAAACUUCGUAAAAAUUAGACAUUGUGUUAUUUGCAUCAGCUUUUAAUUGUAAAACUCACAAAUUGACCUUACUCUUCACUUAAAUUCGGAAGUCCUAAAACGCCUAACUCCAGAAUACGCAAUCUAAUUAUUAUUGUUGUUUAUUUCGAAACCUCGAUUCUUAUUUACUUGCAAUUAGUUAUUAUUUGGACUGUAAACGUGCGAUACGAGAAUUUUAUUGUAUAAGUAAAACUAUUAAGUAUAUUUUGAUAUUGACUUUUUUAUUUGAAAAUGUUUGAGAUUUUAUGUUUGUCUCACAAUAAGAUUUGAAAUUUAUUUAAAGUAUCUGUCUUUCUAGGAAAUUGAUAAAUUUUUAGCAAUUAGCAUUAAUUUUUAACAAAGCAUAUUGAUCUUGGUUAUUGUGAUUACGCAAUAAAUGAUUAAAACGUUUUUAUUUUGGUUAGUUUUAUAUCGAUUUUAAAUUCCUGAUAGUGUUGACGAUUUUAAUUACUUAUAAAAUUAUAAUAAUUGUGUUAAAAGAUAUUGUUGAAUGAUAUUUAAAUGCAAUAUUUAAAAAUAAAAUUCAACAAAUUGAAGAUAAUUUGUACGGGUGAUAGCCACGAUUCAAAAUUGACUGUAUUGAUGUAACCGCCCUAAUUUUAAAAGCAGCCGAAUUUACAAUAAGUGCGUAUUCUUAAUUAUUUAAGGGAUGUUAUUUACUCUUUAGAAUAAUAUUAUUUAUAAAAUUAAACUUUUGUAUUUAAUGCAUUAUCAUUUCUGCCAGUGCCUUAGGGUAAGAUUUGAGUAAAAAUACUGACUGUUUCAUUUAAUUAAUAUUCAAGUAUAAAGCUUGUUAAAUGUUUUAAGAUCAUAAUUUCUCAUUUUUUAUUAUACAUAUUCGAUCUAUUUACGGCAGAAAUAGUGAAUCAUUGUGUCAAAUGUCAUGGAAAAUAAAAAAGCAGUAUGUAGUAUGAAAUGUAAUUGUAAAAUAGGUAAGCCACUUUGUAUGAUAAAUUGAUAAUUAAUUAAUAUAUUAGAUAAAGACAUUAUCAAAUAAAAUAUUUCCUAAUCA